AUGGCGUCGGAGGACCCUACCCCCAAUGAAUAUACGCCUCGGGCAUGGAUGGUCAUAUUUGGCGCCUUUACAUGCGCUUUUUGCACCGUGGGAUUUAUGAACUCAUUCGGUGUCUUCCAAGAAUACUAUACCAAGAACCAGCUCUCCUCAAGCUCCACGUCGACCAUUGCAUGGCUCGGGGCUGCAGCGAUAUUCUUCUUAUUCGCCAUAUCUGUCGGGGCGGGGGCAAUGCUUGAUAUUUUUGGACCGAAGCUCAUGGUAUACAUUGGCUCUCUAGGCUGCAUCUUCGCCGUUAUGAUGACCUCGAUUUGCAAAGAGUUUUAUCAGUUUCUACUCGCACAGGGUAUCCUGUUGGGUAUCUCUAUGGGUCUGGUGACAUGGCCAAUGCUCGUCUUGGUCGGGCAGUAUGUCAAAGUGAAGCGUGCCGCAGCCAUGGGGAUCGUGCUCGCAGGAUCGUCACUUGGUGGAGUUAUCUGGCCGAUUGCACUCGAUAAAGCGAUCAAAAACCCUAAAAUCGGGUUCCCCUGGACGAUGCGCAUUGUCGGGUUUGUCAUGAUUCCUUGCUUCCUCUUCUCCUGCGUAUCUGCCAAAUCCCCGAUUGCCCCCGUGAGCAACGCGGAGAAUGAGGAGAAUGCUACUGAGCCCAAGAGCAAGCCGCCAAAUCACAAAGCAGAGGCCUUGGAUCUUCUGCGAAAGCCGUCGUUGCAACUACUGUGCCUCGCUAUGUUCAUCACAUACUUCGGCAUGUUCUCCCCUUUCUUCUACACGACUUCCUACGCCGUUGACCAAGGUUUCUCGACAAGCCUGGCAUUCUAUACUGUCUCUAUUGUGAACGGUGCUUCCUUCUUCGGUCGAAUUGUCCCUGGAAUUGUUGCUGAUAAAUACGGGAAAUUCAACUGCUGUAUUCUGGCAAAUAUAUUUGCCGGAAUUAUUGCAUUGUGCUGGACUAAGGUGACAUCCGUUGCCGGGCUUGUGAUAUGGUCAGCUGCAUAUGGCUUUGCGUCUGGGGGUAUCCUCUCCCUCCAGCAGGCUUGUGCUGGACAGGUUGCGAGUGCUACGACUCUUGGAUUGGCAAUAGGAAGUGUCUCAGGAUCCACGGCUUUAUCUGCCAUGGCCAAUGUUCCCAUUAGUGGUGCCCUUGUUGAGAAUUAUGGCUGGCUUUCUCUUUCGAUAUUCUCGGGGGCAUCAUUGAUAGUAGGUGGCGUUCUUUUGAUUGCUGCACGUCUGGUACAGAACAGGGAGCUCUUGGCCAUCGUGUAA